CACAUCUCAAUAUACGAUCACGAAGCGAUAAUUCACUUUAUCUCGCCGCGCAUAUUCCGAACCUUCCGAAUGAUUUCAAUGCUCUCCAACCACGAGUAACGCCUCGGACGAGCAAAUACCGCCAUGCGACAUUGGAACUCUUCUAUCUGUGUAUACAGUAGCACUAUCCGCACUCUUCUCGUGUCAUCUGUACAUACAUAAGCCAACAUCAAGAAAGGCUCUGCAAUGCCUGUGCAAACUCGACCAGCCAAGAAACGCGCCGCAGAGCAAGAUGGUGCAGAACCAUCCGAGGCGACACAAUCCGUGCAAAUGUUGGAAUGUCAGACCUGUUACGAAGACGGGCCAGGCCUAGCCUUCGGCCAUGCUGUCCAUGCAGAUGUCUCAGGUCAUGAGCAUUUCAAUUGCUACAAUUGCUGGGAACGGUGCAUCAAAGACCGACUCGACGAUGAGAAAAGUGCCGAGAUUAGCUGUCUCCACUGUCCUCGCAAAUUGGAGGAGCAAGACAUGCGUAUCUUGAACAAACAUUUCGCCACAGAUUUGUACGCGCGCUGGCUUGAUCAUGUCGCCCUCGCGCUGGCCAAGGCUGAUCCGAAAUGGAAAUCUUGCCCAAGCCAAACAUGUCCAGGCGGGUGCAUUGUCGACGAUGGUUACAUCUUCACCUGCCCAACAUGCAAUCUACGCUACUGUACCUCUUGCAACAUCCCAAUGCAUGAGGACGAAUCCUGCUCCCAAUAUAGAAAUCGCGAUGCGCGAAUCAUUGCAGAUGAGCAAGCUUCGCUUGCAAAGGUGGCCGAGAUUUCAAAGCCUUGCCCGAAGUGCAGUAGCAAGCUCUCUAAGGCUGGCGGCUGCGACCAUAUGACCUGCGCUAUUUGCAGGCAUGACUUCUGUUGGGGGGUGCCUCGUUGCGUACCAAGGUGCUGAGGGAAUUCUCACAGCAGGAAACCACAAGCAUGGACCGUAUUGUCCGCAUUAUCGACCACAUCCACAUUACCAACCUCGGCCGACUGCUCAAAAUGUCACUGCAGGCCUGACUCAGACGGUCGAUAUGAGAGAACUACCAGAACGACCACGAAUGCCAUAUUGACGACCACGAAAACAAGGGAAAUGACAAGGACGUAGUCGGAAAUAGCGCAGAGCGCGAAGGGAACAAGGACAGCGUUGACUUUGAACAUCUGGAGUAUUUUUUGCGACGACUAGGAAGCGGGUCACCUAUGUGAAAUGCAUGAG